CCAAUAUUAACCACGUGGAAGGAACCUUAACAGGCGUUUUCAGAAAGAAUAUAGACAAUAUCAGUGCUGGAUUGAUGAAGUAAUACAAUACAUUGUCGUUAAUGUGUGUACAAGUGACCGUUAUUGUCCGUUAAACUUGCCAAUGAGAACCAUUGGUGUCUGUCUCUGUCUGCGUCAGACUUUACGCGCAUCACCGCAUGUCAUUUUCCACCAAGGAACUCGCGGUGAUUUUGCAUCUCUGCGCGCAGAGAGAUGCUGGUUUCGGAGGUUGUGCCUGAAUGAAGAUUUGCCUUACUAAAUGUGUGAAUUUUGAAUUGCUUUGAGAACAAAUACUUUUGCUGUUGUACUUUGAAUAAGGUUCAAGACAAAAAAAACAUAUUUACGCCUCUAUCUGUGGAAUCUACCUUUUGACCAUCUCUGACCCCUUCUGACAUCGUACCCCUGACCCUAGACCACCCUCACCAUCCACCGCCACCAUGCCUAAAAACAGCAAGGUGACCCUGGGACUCCCUCACAGUGAUCCCGUCACUGAGUCAGUGGCGGACCUCCUGACCCUGGCCGAGCCCCUGGACUAUAAGAGCAGCCGAAUGAGUAUGGGUCUCAGCCCCGGGGCCCAGCCGGCUAUGGGCAAGGGCCUGCUACCUUCUCCAGGGGACGAGGAGGGGAGGCCGGCCUGGAACAGCAAGCUGCAGUACAUCCUGGCCCAGGUCGGGUUCUCUGUGGGGCUGGGCAAUGUCUGGAGGUUCCCCUACCUGUGUCAGAAGAACGGAGGAGGUGCGUACCUGGUCCCGUACUUCAUCCUCCUCAUCCUCAUCGGGAUCCCUCUCUUCUUCCUGGAACUGGCGGUGGGACAGAGGAUUAGGAGAGGCAGCAUCGGGGUGUGGAACUACGUUUACCCUCAGCUAGGAGGCAUCGGGGUCUCCAGUCUAAUGGUGUGUGGUUUCGUGGGCCUGUACUACAACGUGAUCAUCGGCUGGAGUAUCUUCUACUUCUUCCAGUCCUUCCAGUACCCGCUGCCCUGGGCAGAGUGCCCAAUCAGAGUGGUCAACGGGAGCCAAGCCAUCAUCGAGCCGGAGUGUGAAAAGUCUUCUGCCACCACCUACUUCUGGUACCGGCAAACCCUGAACAUCACCAGCACCAUCGAGGACAGCGGAGGCCUCAACUGGAGAAUGACCCUGUCCCUGUUCGCCGCCUGGCUCAUCGUCUGUCUGGCAGUGAUCAAGGGUAUCCAGUCAUCUGGGAAGGUGAUGUACUUCAGCUCUCUCUUCCCCUACGUGGUGUUGAUCUGUUUCCUCGUCAGAGGCCUGAUGCUCAAAGGAUCUGUUGACGGCAUCGCUCACAUGUUCACCCCAAAGUUGGAGAAGAUGCUGGAGCCCCAAGUAUGGAGGGAGGCAGCCACCCAGGUGUUCUUCGCUCUGGGCCUGGGGUUCGGAGGGGUCAUAGCCUUCUCCAGCUACAACAAGCGGGACAACAACUGUCACUUUGACGCAGCGCUGGUCUCUAUCAUCAACUUCAUCACCUCCAUCCUGGCUACGCUGGUGGUGUUCGCCGUGCUGGGGUUCAAGGCCAACAUCAUGAACGAGAAAUGUGUUGUGGAGAAUGGUGAGAAGAUCCUAGGUUACCUGAACACAGGUGUGUUGAGCCAUGAUCUGAUCCCUCCCCAUGUCAACUUCUCUCACCUGUCAGCUGUGGACUAUCAGGAGAUGUAUGGAGUGAUCAAGACUGUCAGGGAGGACAGCUUCAGUCAGCUUGGACUGGACCCCUGUGUACUGGAGGACGAACUCAACAAGGCAGUGCAGGGAACAGGCCUGGCCUUCAUCGCCUUCACUGAGGCCAUGACCCACUUCCCUGCCUCUCCCUUCUGGUCUGUCAUGUUCUUCUUCAUGCUGAUUAACCUGGGGCUGGGGUCCAUGAUCGGCACCAUGACAGGGAUCACCACACCUGUACUGGACGCCUUCCCCAAGAUCCGCAAGGAGUUCCUCUGUGUUGGUUGUUGCAUUGUGGCGUUCUUCUGUGGCCUGCUGUUCGUCCAGCGCUCCGGGAACUACUUUGUGACCAUGUUUGAUGACUACUCAGCUGGCCUGCCUCUCACUGUGGUGGUUAUGCUGGAGAAUAUAUCUGUAGCCUGGAUCUACGGCACUAAGAGGUUCAUGCAGGACCUAGAGGACAUGUUGGGUUUCAGACCUUACUCUUUCUAUUUCUAUAUGUGGAAGUACGUAUCUCCUGCCUGUCUCACCGUGCUCAUCGUUGCCACUGUGAUAGAGAUGUCCGUCAGUCCUGCUGGGUACAAUGCCUGGGUGCAGGAACUGGCGUCGGAGAAGUUCCUCUCCUACCCUCCGUGGGCUCUGGGCGUGGCCUACUCCCUCAUCAUCGCCGCCAUGCUUCCUCUCCCCUGCGUCUUCAUCGCGCGCCACUUCAACCUGCUCUCUGACGGCUCCAACAAGCUGUCCGUCUCCUACCGUAAAGGCAUGACCAAGGACCUCUCUGGUCUAGAGGAGGAGAACGAGUCCCGCUUCAUCCUCGGUAAAGGCACCCCCAGCCCCAGCCCCUCUCCCAUGCCUUCUCACCGCCCCUACCUGGGGCCCGGCGGAGCCCAGGAGAUGACCAACACGGCUGGAUAUGGUACCGGGACACCGACCAAGACGGGUUAUCAGAAUAUUCAUUCGCCAGAGUCCGAACUAUGAUCGAUCUGACUGACUGAAGCACAAGAAACCCUAUCUAUCAAACCCAACACAACACAACCCCUCCAGAGACAGAGAGAGAGAGAGAAAGAAAGAGCAUAUCUGUAAAGCACAGCCCCCCCUCUCUCUGCUGUUCA